CAGAAAAGCCCCCCCCUGGAUGCAAUUUAUUGCCAUCCUCAUCGUAUCAAUCUUCUAAUCACAAUCUACUCUUCAUUAUCAUUUCCGACAAUAUGGCGGAGCUCCAGGAGAAGCCUUCGCGCAUCGACACGAACGACAAGAAGGACAAGAGCAACCCCGAUGCUCUCAACGAAGACGACGCCCAGACCAACGUUUCCAGUCCAGAGGACGACUUGGUCCUCGAUGGUGUAGAGCCCGUCUAUGCUGCCAAGGCUGGUGUGCUGAACCAAGCAAUCAAUGACAUUGGCAUGGGUCGAUACCAAUGGCAACUCUUCUGUGUGGCUGGAUUCGGCUGGGCUCAAGACAAUCUUUGGCUCAUCCUUACCUCAGUACACCUCUUCCCCUUUCCAUCAUGCGUCCCACACCCACUAAACACUUUCCAUAGCUCAUUCUUGACCCCGUCGCCAACGAGUUUGGUGUCGGGCAGCCGGCUCUCUUGACGCUCUCUCAAAACAUUGGCUUGUGUGCUGGCGCGGCUUUCUGGGGCUUGGGAGCCGACAUCUUUGGCCGAAAGUGGGCCUUCAACCUUACGUUGGGUGUCACCACCGUCUUUGCGCUCGCCGCCGCCGGUUCUCCCAACUUUGCCAUGAUUGCCGUCUUUGACGCCUUCUGGUCUUUCGGUGUCGGAGGUAACAUGCCUGUUGACAGCGCCUUGUUCUUGGAGUUUGUGCCCCAAAGCCACCAAUACCUCCUCACCGUCCUUGCCAGUUUCUGGGCCAUUAGCCAGUUGAUUGUCACCGGUGUUGCCUGGGGUCUGCUCGGCAAAUUCACAUGCGAGGAAGACGCCGUUACUUGUCUCAAAGGCGACAACAUGGGCUGGCGAUGGCUUCUUCUCUCGAUGGGCGGCUUGUGUGGUAUCAUGUGGUUCCUCCGAUUCGGCUGUUUCCAAAUGUACGAAAGCCCCAAGUACUUUAUGGGCAAGGGCAAGGACGAAGAAGCUGUCAGAAUCGUGCACGAAAUCGCCAGGAGGAACGGCAAAGAAUCGACGUUGACCGUCGAGGACCUCAAAGCGUGCGAGAACUAUGGUAGCGAGGAUCAGCAAGUGGAGACAAACACAAAGGCUGCGUUCAAGAGAAAGCUCAGAAGCCUGGGUGGCGAGCACGUCAGCAGGCUGUUUGCUUCCAAGAAGCUCGGUUUCAGCUCCGGUAUGAUCAUCCUCAUCUGGGCCUUUAUCGGUCUUGCCUUCCCUCUUUACAACAACUUUAUCCCCUAUACGUUGGCCAAGAAGGGUGCUACCUACGGUGAUGGUUCGACAUACAUCACCUACCGAAAUUCCUGUAUCAUUGCCGUCCUCGGUGUCCCCGGUGCCAUCCUCGGUGGUUACCUCGUCGAAAUCAACCGACUUGGGCGAAAGGGUACUCUCUCUGUCUCCGCCAUCCUCACAGGAGUCUUCAUCUGUGGGAGCACCACCGCCCUCACUUCCAACUCGUUGUUGGCAUGGAACUGCGUCUACUCGUUCGUUUCCAACAUCAUGUACGCCGUGCUUUGCGCCUAUACUCCCGAAGUCUUCCCCACCAGGGACAGGGGUACGGGUAAUGCGCUUGCGGCUAUCACGAACCGUUUCAUGGGUGUCAUGGCCCCCAUCAUUGCUAUGUUUUCCAACUUGGAGAGUUCCGCGCCCGUGUUCACCAGUGGAGCUUUAUUCAUAGCCGCUGGUCUCUUCACCCUGAUCUUGCCUUACGAGUCCCGGGGCAAGUCGUCUUUGUAAGCAGUACUUGUUAUAGAGGGAUCGUUUCAUUUUUCCGUGUGUCUUGUGUCUCAUAUGCAUUUAUAUUUGUGAUAUUA